AACCAACUGAAGAUGACAAUGCAUCGUCUAAUUUUCCGACGCUUUGAAUCAACUUUUAAUGCUCGAGUUAAGGAUAUGGUAUCAAAACAAUUAUGCGGUCAGACUCUCGCACUCUACAAGGAAGAGCUUCAUUCUUCAGGGGUUCAUGCAGAUGCAGCCGUUCUUCCUUCACUCAUCAAAGCAUGUAGUUCUCCUCAGACCCACUUCGUUGGCCUUCAGCUUCACUCCAUUGUAAUCAAAUCAGGGUCUGAUUCAGACCUUGCAGUACCCAAUUCUCUGAUCUCCAUGUAUGCCAAGUCUAUGUACAUCGACUCAGCCCGUAAACUGUUCGAUGAAAUGCCUGAAAGAGACACCAUCACGUAUAACACCUUGGUUAAGUGCUAUAGUGAAAAAGGGUGUCUUUCCGAAACAAUGGAAUUGUUGAAGGAAAUGUACAGACAAGGCUUUGUCCCAAAACCAGAGUUGAUUGCUAAGGUCAUAUGGCUCUGCACACACACUGGAGAUAUAAAGCUUGGAAGAGCAAUCCACGGUCUUGUCAUUGUUGAUGGGAGAGUGGAGUCAUCUAUUUAUGUGUCAACAGCUCUGGUUGAUUUUUACAUGAAAUCUAAUGAAUCAUUGGUGGCAUCACGUGUUUUCUGUUUGAUGGACUCAAACCCUGAAGUGGUUUCAUGGACUGCAAUGAUCUCCGGCUGCAUUUCUAACAGGAAAUAUGAAAUGGGGAUUCAUUAUUUGCGAAGAAUGCUGAGUCAGGACCAGAAACCUAACAGAGUGACGUUGCUUGGUAUUCUGCCAGCUUUUGGCGAACUGGGUAAUGUUAAGUGUGGAAAAGAGAUCCACGGCUAUGCUAUUCAUCAUGGGUAUGAUGAUUCAGGUCACCACUUGUCAGCUGCUCUUAUAGAGUUCUAUGGCCGCUGUGGGAAACGACGUUAUGCCAGGAUAAUUUUCAAGCAAUCAAGGGCCAAGGACGUCGUGAUGUGGAGUUCAAUCAUCGGAAUUCAUGUUCGAGGUGGGGUUCAAGGCGAGGCUAUGAAGCUUUUUAGGUUGAUGCGAGUGGAAGGAAUAGAACCAAAUUCAGUUACUUUGUUGGCAAUGAUUUCUUGUUGCAGCUCUUUAGCUUCAUUAAGCCAUGGACAAGCCAUUCACACCUAUGUGGUGGAAUCUGGCUUCAACUCUGACCUCUACAUAGGUAAUGCUCUCAUCGACAUGUAUUCCAAGUGUGGCUGUCUCAAGGCUUCACAUCAAAUUUUCAACGAAAUGGGGGUUAAAGAUCCUGUUUCAUGGAGCUCGUUAAUCAGUGGUUAUGGCAUUCACGGUCGUGGUGAAGAAGCUCUGCAACUGUUUGAUGAGAUGCAAGAGAGGAAAAUUGAAGUUGAUGGGAUUACAUGGCUUGCAGUUCUAUCUGCAUGCAACCAUUCUGGACUUGUGGAAGAGGGUGAAAAGCUCUUUAAGCAUGCUGUGGAAGUUGAUGCAAUUGGUGUAGAGCACUAUGCUUGCUAUGUUGAUCUUCUUGGGAGGUCAGGGAAGGUUGAAAAGGCCUGUGAUGUCGUGAGAAAGAUGCCAGUGAAACCAAGUGAGAAAAUCUGGAGCUCUUUGGUAUCAGCUUGUACGGUCCAUGGGAAAUUUGAAUUGGCAGAAAGGCUGGUGGAUGAGAUGAUCAAAUCUGAGCCAGAGAAUCCUGCCAAUUACACUUUGUUGAGCAUGAUUCGUGCUGAAUCUGGAAACAGGGUUAAUGCAGAAGAGGUAAGGAGACUGAUGAGAAUGAAAGGAUUAGGUAAACGUUCUGGCUUCAGCAGAAUUGAAGUUGAGAGUAAAUUAGCAGAAGGCAUGUGAAAGAGUGCAAGAAUUAAGAAAAUCCUACGGCUUAGCAGAGCUGAAGUUGAAAACAGUAAUGGUCCAAUAACAGUUCGUGCUGACUCCUUUAGUAAAUCGAGUUUAAAUGAAGCAAAUUUGCAGAU